UUUGCAGUUGGUGUGAGGCUGCAUUAAAUAACAUUAAAUUCUUCAAACCUACAAUUGGAAGACACAGUUCUGGCCAGUACUACCAUUUUCUGUCCAUCUUCCUUAAUCACUUCCUUUCACCUCUCCUUUAAAUAUGGCACUGGAAAAGCCCUCUGAUCACAUUAAUUAGCAACAACCUCUAAGGACACAGAUACAUAUACAUUCACAAUCCCAGAAACCAUUAUUCCAACCCACUUCCGUGCAAGCUUUUUCGAUCUAGAUCCAACAUGGGCAAGAAGAUCAUGAAACUGUCUUCACUUUUCAAGAACAAAGAAACAAAGCAGCAACCAUGGCAAUGGCCCUCGUGUAAGAAUCCCAAGACCUUUUCUUUCCGAGCUGGGGACGACAUGUUCAAGACAGUGAACUCGGUUUUCUUUGACUCCAUCAUGGAUGGGGUAGAUCAAGUGGAAACACCAGAGUCUUGGUUCACAAAUUCUUCUGAAUCUGCGAGCUACUCAACCGAGUCCGAGGAGUACUUCGACGGGGAAUCACUCGAAAUGGUGGUGCGGGGAGUGAGGUCCGAGAGGCUGUUUUUCGAGCCCGGUGAUACGAGCUCCAUCUUAGAGAAGAAGCUGGCGAAAGAUAAUGAUCAUCAUAGCGGCUUUCCAUUCAAAGAGAGCGUAGUUUUAGCGAUGGAGUCGAAGGAUCCGUAUAUUGAUUUCAAGAGGUCAAUGGAGGAGAUGGUGGAAUCUCAUGGGGUGAAAGACUGGGGUUGCUUGGAGGAGUUGCUGGGGUGGUAUUUGAGGAUGAACGGGAAGAAGAAUCAUGGAUUUAUUGUCGGAGCCUUUGUGGAUCUGCUUGUUGGUCAGCUUGCUGCAACUACUUCAUCAUGUUCUCAUGAUUCAACUUCUUAUUUUUCUGCUGUUUCUUCUUCUUCUAAUUCUCUUUCUUCCUCUGCAUUAUUAUGUUCAUCUGUUGAUCAUGGUCAGAUUGAGAUUGAGGAGGUAGACCAGAUCAUACGGUAAUAAUAAUGUCUUAGCUAGCUUUUAAUGCAUCACUUUUCUGUGUAUAUUAGUAGGUUAAAAGCUGACAAUAUAUUUACCUUGCGAUAUGUUACUUUUCACUUUUCUUUUUUAUGCAGUAUCAUGU